UACAAUGCCCAAAUAAUCUUGUGCAAGAAUCAAAACAACCCACAAUCGGCAUUAUUUUCCAAAAAAUACGAGUAAAUUUUCCGGUCAAUUGCAACAUAAACAUGGUGAAAAUCGGUCUCCAGAUCAAGGCCACCCUCGAGAACAUCGAGGAGCUGAAAACGUGCCACCCAAACUAUCCGUUCUUCCUGAAAAUCAAGUGCACAAAUUGCGGCGAAGAGUCGGACAAGUGGCACGACAUCACCGAGGGCGAACACGUCAACGAGGACACGCGCAAUCCGAAAGGGUUCAACUUCUACAUGAAAUGCCGGAUGUGCUCCCGCGAGAACAGCAUCGACAUCGUCGAGGGCAGUAAUGCAUCCUACACGGCGGACGACUCCGGAAAGCUGAAGACGAUCGUUGCCUUCGAUUGCCGCGGAGUGGAACCGGUUGCGUUCAGUCCCCGGUCCGGUUGGAUUGCCAAGGCGACGGAAGGUGGACCGAAAUUCGAGGACAUCGAUCUGUCCGAGGAUGAUUGGGUGGAGUAUGAUCAGAAGAAUAACAACUCCGUCGGGGUGUACGAGUUUGAGGCGGAUUUCAUCAAAAUGAAGAAAUAAGACUGAACGUUGGAUUAUUAGAAAAAAUUUUAAUACUUUCUUGCAUUUAGUUCAAAAGUAAAGAAAUGUGUUCGAAACAAUAAAAUUUGGUUUGAAAUAA